UAGGGUGAGCUGGAAUAACGCGGGUCACUGUCAGUUGAAGUAUGGAGUGAGAUGUGAUCGUGUGGACUGUAAGGGUCUGUGAGGAGUCUCUGGAACACAUACACUGAACAUUUAACGCAUCAUUUCUGUCUCUCUGGAGGAACACGACAGGUCAGUACUGAUGGGCUGUUUGGGCAUUUGGGUUUUGUCCAGCCUGCUUGGAUCUUCUCUGAGUCUGGCUCAUGGAGUCAGCGCUGGUUCUGACAGAAGAUUGAAGGAACGUCUAGAUGGCCUUGAGGAGAUGCCGAAUGGAGGAGCUGGAAAUAAAGACAGCCAAAAUGAGGGGCCGUGCCGUAGGACGUACUGCGGUCGAGGGCGGGAGUGUGUGGUCAGGGAUGUAACGGGCCGUGCAGAGUGUGUUUGCCAGGAAAGAUGCCACAGCUCAUUUGUGCCCGUCUGCGGCUCUGAUGGACACUUUUAUGACAACCACUGCGAGCUGUACCGCACCGCUUGCCUGCAGCGCCGCAGGAUUUAUUUGCUCCACAGUAAAGACUGCUUCUUCAAAGGCAACACGUGCACCAUGGCUGAGUAUAACCAGCUGAAGAGCAUGCUGCUGGAUAUGCAGCACAGGAGCCGGACGGAUGGCAAACAAUCCGUAGAAAAUGCAAUGGACCAAAGGAGAGCAAUGGUGGACACCUUGUUCGAGUAUUUAGAUCUAAACCAGGAUGGACGUCUGCGCGGUGGAGAGCUGGCAGAGAUCUCCAAAAAGGAGCAUUUGGAAGACAUCUUAGUGCAGUGCACCAUGCAAGACCUCCUGCGUUACGACGAUUACAACAACGACGGUCAACUGACCCUUCAAGAGCUCUACACAGCUUUCCAGGUUAUCCAGCUCAGUCUAGCAGAAGACAAGCGUGUGAGCGUCACCACCGUGACUGUUGGUCUGAGCGCAGUGCUGUCCUGUGCCAUUCAGGGUACACUGAGACCCCCCAUCAUCUGGAGGAGAAACGGCAUCAUCCUCAACUUCCUCGAUCUGGAGGAUAUAAAUGACUUUGGUGACGAUGGCUCCCUCUACAUUACAAAGGUGACUACGAUUCACAUGGGCAACUACAGCUGUCAUGCGUAUGAAUACGAAGAGCUGUCCCAAACCCACGUGCUCCAGGUGAAUGUUCCUCCGGUAAUCCUAGUCUAUCCAGAGACUCAGGCCCAGGAACCUGGCGUGGCUGCCAGCCUGCACUGCCAUGCUGAAGGUGUUCCAAACCCUAAACUCACCUGGCUGAAGAACGGCCUGGACCUCCAGCCACAUGGAUCAAAACAGCUUUCUCUGCUUGUGAAUGGCAGUGAGUUGCACAUUGGUAGUGUGCGGUAUGAAGACACCGGAGCUUACACCUGCAUCGCAAGAAAUGAAGUUGGGGUAGAUGAAGACAUCUCGUCUUUAUUUGUGGAAGACUCGGCUCGCAAGACAUUGGCCAACAUUCUCUGGCGAGAGGAAGGGCUCAGUGUGGGAAACAUGUUCUAUGUGUUCUCUGAUGAAGGCAUCACCAUACUGCAGCCUGGAAACUGUGAGAUUCGCAGACACAUCAAGCGCUCAGAGAGGAUUCUGGGUAGUCAUGAGGAGUUGUGUCCCACAAGUGAUCCUCAACAGGAGUGUGUUUGGGCAUCAGCGGUCAAUGUUAGAGAUAAAUAUGUGUAUGUGUCCCAACCGCUUCACAACAGACUGCUGAUGGUUGACACGCAGACACAGAAAGUCAUACAGGCUGUAGAAACAGAGCGCAUGCCUGUCAAACUCUUCUAUGAUAAAUCUCAUGAUCAGCUGUGGGUCUUAAGCUGGGGAGAUCUGCUUAAAUCCACUUCCACUUUACAGGUGAUCUCAUCUGCAAGCUUGGGAGAUCAGCAUCAAUUCAUCCGUACUCCGUUUGAAAGAGUGGAAAACUUCUACAUCCCACCCACCAACCUCAUAAUCACUCAUGUAAGGUUUGGCUUCGUCUACUUGAAAUCAGAGGCAGCGGUGCAUAAAAUCGACCUUGAGACCUUCAAUCUAGUAAAGACCAUUAGUCUUAAGAACUACAGCUGCGUUCCGGCCAGCAUGGCCUACACUCAUCUGAUCGGUUACUAUUUCAUCGAGUGCCAAGGCCCGAACCCGCAGCUUCUCAUUGACAGCGUAACUGAUGCGGUCAUCGGACCCAAUCCCACCAUCACCGGGCAACCGUUCGUAUCUCCCGACGGCCGCUUCGUCGUCUCUGCGGAUAAGCGACGUGGGAAGCUUCAAGUUCAGAUCAUCUCAUUCCAAGGUGAACUUCAACUCAGUCACGAACUGGACGUCUCCUUUGCAAUCUCACACUUGGAGUUUCAACCGUCCUUCACAGAAUUCAACCAGUAUGUGGUUGUGACCUCCUCGGUGAAGGGCUCAGAAGUGGUUUUCUCGGACCUGUCGACAGGAACAAGUCAAGUUCUCAAGAACAUUAAAGAGCCAAUUCCAGCCCCUAGCUGGAUUUGGGGAGACACCAAUAGGCUUGUGGUCUCAAGCGGGGUGUUUGGACGGUAUUUGGUCACGUCAUCGGCCGAAUCACUGUUUGUUCUGGACGGCAAACAAAGUCGUUCUCACUGUGAGGUGUCAGACAUCAAGACAGGGAACACAGUGGUUUGGGUGGGUGAGGUAUGAGUCAAGCACCGCUGGGUGGUCCUGCGAGGGAUUGCGCCGGCCACCGAGCCAAAACCUUUAAAGGAUGAGAAUGGACUCAACACUAGUAGUGAGUAAAGUUAACACACAUGCGGGUUUCUAGAUGAGUAAACACACACAUAAACAUACAUGCAACGAUACAGAAACAACAAAGAAAGCUUCAGUGCAACAGUGAGCGAAAUACACAAAUGACAGAUGUAGCUGUUUUGCACAUUCCUGUUAGCAGAAAUAGAUUUAGUACGCAACGGAAAGGCUAGGCGAGGACUGAACUAUGCACAAUGCUUUUUCAAUAUCUUCUUUUUUCAAUGUGAUCACUUUGUGCUGCAAGAAAUGUGUCCAUUAAUGUCACGUGAUCAAUGUUUUCUGUAAAUAAUUGUGUUGUUCGCUUAAUCCGUGUGUUUUCUGACCACGCAUUUCAACGGCUGUACACAUCUGUCAAAUCCUAUGAGAGAAGCCAAUUUUACAGGGAUUCCUACAACACGUUGUAAUAAAAAUAUGAAGGUAACAUUUGUGUUUCUUUCUUCGUGCACAGUACACUGCGUUCCUUGUGUCUCUGUGUCAGUGUCUGGGUUUACAUAGCUUUACAAAUCGGACAUUCAUAUUCUUAUGAAAAAAUCUCCAGUAUUAUAAUAAUACCUGAAAUUACUAGCAUUCAAGAGACAGUCAAUAAACCCCUGAAAAAAAGUACUUCAACUAAAUUAUUUUGCAGGGAAAACAAAAUGCUGAAACAAAAUGUGUGUGUGUUGGUUUAGGGGCAUAAGUUCAGUUAAGUUGAAGAAAAGUCCCUGUUAUGUUUGUGUGGAUGCCUGCGUAUGUGUAUUUGCACGAAAUCUUUCAGUCCAUACACAAACCAACAACUCUUCAGAGCAAUAUUUGCUUUUGUCACAAUAUUUCUACACUUCUAGUCACAUCAGAACAGAAGGAAACCAUGAUAGUAGAUGUAGAUUAAGAAGUAGAAGUAAUUACUCUAUGCUGAAGUGAAAAUCAGCUUUUUGAGAUUUUUGAAUAAAUCCACAUUAAGAAUGUAAAGGUGGUGCAAAUAUUAGAUUUGACCAAUAAUAAAAACUUUCAGGCAAUGAAAUCUUCCUGUUGAGGCAAAAUGACAACAGUGGCGGGCUGUUCAGGGGUGCGUUUCCCAAACAAUUGCUUAACCACCAUAGUGCAAUGCAUUGUGGGAGAAACCAGCUGUUCACAACUAGUCUAAACAUCUCUUUUUAUUUUCAGAUGUUUCAUUUAUUUGUUAGUUUGCUCUUACGAUUCUCCG